GCCGCCGUUCGCUGGAGACUCGGGAGCAGGCGGCUAAGAUGGCAAAUCCCAGAGACCGGGAGUGAAGGGGCACCGAACCCCGACAAGCAGAGCCUGUUGCCCGUCCUGACGCACACCCAACAAUGCAGAGUUCGCCAGGAGGAGUACGAGGGAUUCCCUGCAGAAAAAUGCCAGAGAGGCUGAGCCUGAUGUGACACAGCGUCUGCUGAAAGGAAGCUGACUCAUCAAAUAUCAGUCCCUCUGGGAGUGACUAAGUAGCUGAGGGCAGCUCCUAUCGCCUAAUGCUGAUCUAGAGCAGCGCCUCGUCCGUCCCCCUGCCAGCGGAGAUCAUCAGGCAGGAGAAGACACUGCAGCAGGAAUCUGCCCCACACAAGAUUCAGGCGCCUGACGUAGAAUGGUGUCCAGCCGGCGCAGCUAAUGAUGACCCAUCUAAGAAUGGCAACAGAGCGCUUCAGCUGAAUCCCCACUGACCGACCGCACCAGAGGCAACAGCAUCCACAGCAGUCAUCGUCCGCCGCCUUUGCAGUUACUGCCAGUGUUCUGACCGCCCUCGGCCCGGCCCGGCCCAUCAGCACCACAGCCGGUCCUUCCCUGCAGACCAUGAUGUUUCGCGAUCAGGUGGGCAUUCUAGCCAGCUGGUUCAAGGGGUGGAAUGAGUGCGAGCAGACGGUGGCUCUUCUGUCCCUGCUGAAGAGGGUGAGCCGGACCCAGGCCCGCUUCCUGCAGCUCUGCCUGGAGCACUCCCUCGCCGAAUGUGCUGAGCUGCAGGUCCUGGAGUCGGAGGCAAACAAUCCAGGAGUAAUCAGCCAGUGGCAAGGCGAGUCUAAGGAGCAGGUCAUCUCUCUGGUCCUCACCCAUCUCCCACUACUCAAACCUGGCAACGUGGAAGCCAAGGGUGAAUACAUGCGCCUGUUGCCCCGCAUUCUGGCUCACACUAUUGAGCACGGCCGUCACCUGGAGGAGUCCCGCCAGCUCCUGUCCUACGCCCUGAUCCACCCCGCCACCUCCUUGGAGGACCGCUCUGCUCUGGCACUUUGGCUUAACCACCUGGAGGAGAGGGCCGCUAUCCGGGGAGACUCGCUGGAAAGGCCUCCUCCUGCUGGGCCCCACCACCACCACCACCACCACCACCACCCCCAGUCUACACCCCCAUCCACCCUCACCUCGUCAGGAUCCUCCUCCUCAACUAACUCCUCUUCAUCAGGCAAUCUGUACUCUUUGCAUCACCAGCAGCGUUAUGGCUCAGAUGACCGCCUCAAUGGGUGGCAGAGCUCCAGGGAUUCAGGGCUCGGUGGAGGUUGGCAUCAGCAGCAACAGGGCUGUGAGAAUGGGCACCUGCUUCUCUACCCAUCAUCAUCUGUGCCGACAACCAUCAACACAGUUGGAACUGGUGGAGGCAGUAACAUUAUCCUGACAAGUGGAGGUACCAGCCAGCAGCACAGCCCUCUGAAGCGCUCUGUGUCCCUUACUCCUCCCAUAAGUGGGCCCAGCAACCAGCCUUUGGGUCAUGUCUGGCUCUCCCAGGAGGACUUACGCUCUGCUAGAGGCCCGGCCCCAGACCAUGCGCCUCUCUCACCACAGAGCAGUAUUGCCUCCUCUGGCAGUGGAGGCAGUGAGCAUCUGGAGGAGGCCGUCUUAGGCGUAGGUUCAGGUUUGCAUCGCAGUUCCUUCCACGAAGAGGGCAGUGGCAUGAGGGAUGUUCCAUCGUGGCUCAAGAGUCUCCGUCUCCAUAAGUACGCCACACUGUUCUCCACAAUGAACUACGACGAGAUGCUGUCACUGACUGAGGAUCAGCUAGAGGCACAGAAGGUCACAAAAGGAGCAAGACACAAGAUUGUUAUCAGCAUCCAAAAGCUCAAAGAGAGGCAGAACCUUCUGCGCAGCCUGGAAAAGGAUGUGCUGGAAGGCAGUAACCUGCGCGGUCCCCUGCAGGAGCUCCACCAGAUGGUCAUGACACCUAUCAAGGCUUUCAGUGGCAGUGAGGAGGCCUCCCUGCAGCGCCCCCUUUUGAGUCCUGGGGACAAGAAUGCUGCCCCGGGCUCUCAUCUGAUUGGGGGCGGCAACGGGGAGGCAGAGUCGGGCACAAGCAUCAUCGCAGAGGGGGAUCUGCCUGGGCAGUUCACGCGUGCCAUGGGCAAAGUUUGUACCCAGCUAUUGGUAUCAAGGUCAGAUGAAGACAACAUCAGCUCCUACUUACAACUCAUUGACAAGUGCCUUAUACAUGAGUCCUUCACUGAAACACAGAAGAAGAGGUUGUUGUCAUGGAAACAACAGGUCCAGAGGCUGUUCCGGUCCAUUCCCAGGAAAGCGCUCCCUGAUAUAGCAGGCUACCGACCUCAGAGGAGGUGCACACCUGACCGCUUUGGCCAGUCCAACUCUCUCCCCACCACUGGCUGUGUUGGGGGCAGCGUGUCGGCCAGGAGGAGCCUUCGCCAGUUUCAGAUGCCCUCUAGGAGCUUGCCUGGUGCUAGGCUGAACCUGCUGGGCAGCGGAGGGCUGCUGGGACCCACACCUCGCAGCUCCAGCAGCACACCCACUGGUCCCAAGCAAGGGAGACAGGGGCUGUGGUUCGCCAACCCUGGAGGAAGCAACAGCAUGCCCAGUAGGACCCACAGCUCUGUGCAACGGACCCGCUCCCUGCCGGUUCACACCACACCACAGACCAUGGUUAUGUACCAACAGGCCGACCUUCAGUUACCAGUGACUGAGCCAGACAUCAACAAUCGCCUUGAGUCUUUGUGUCUCAGUAUGACGGAGCACGCGCUCGGAGAUGGUGCUGACCGUACAUCAACCAUAUGAAAUGAGGACCUGAAUGCAAACAGCAGGACAGCGCAUGUUCAUGAGGCUCUCUCUUGAUAUGUCACCCUAAGGUCACCAGUCCUCCCAUCCCCCCUCCCUGUAGCCAACGGUGUAGCUCAAUCAGAGGGCCGGGCGGGAUCCAAGCAACACAAGAGCACCAACCAUCAAACGGCUAACACUAACUAUCGCAUUGGCACCGUGCGUCGGGCUGGAAAAGCACUCUGCUCUGCCAGUGUGCUCACAGCUACCUGCAUCUGGAUGAGGCAAGAGGAAGAAGAGCAUGACACACAGAUUGGACAGUGGGUGAACAGCGCCACCCGGGGGUGGCCUGGGGCAGCACUGCAGUUCGGUCCAGCAGAAGGGAGAAUGUGGCCUGUGGCUCCACACAGCGAGACCGAGGCCCCGUCUGCUCCCUGCACAUCCACCACAGCUCGUGGCAUCUUUUCAAUCCUAAACAGUACCUCACAUCCAGAAAGAAGGUGAGACAAGUAGAGCAACACGGAUGCAGAAGGACGUUUGGCUUGUCCUGUUUAGCUCCAUAGUGGGUGGAAAAACAUCAUGAUUUUUUUUCUAAUUAUUGUUUACAUGAUGAUGCUACUUCAGAGGGUACAAAAUGUUUUAGGUAUGAAUUCUGAAGUAUUCUGUAAAGCCCUGGUUGUCUACCAGCUUUAUGUCCCAUGAGCAGCCAUCCAGGUAGUUUACAACAAAUGUGCUUACUCUUUAUUUUAUCAGCCAAGAGUUUCAACAUUUAACAAGUGAGUUCGAGAAAGAGAGGAGGAGACGGAGCAGAUGUGUGAAGAGGGAAAGCGGAAGAUGUAGAUGAUGUGAUGUAGAGAAAGAAACAGGAAGUGGAAGAGAAAAGGAUCAGAAUCAGAAGUGUUAGUGGAAAGGGAAGCGGAUGUUUAAAGGAGAGGGACAUCAGAGGCAGGACCUUUGAUCCGCUGAAGAUGAGAGGAAGAACUGUUUAUGUGAGUGUUUGUAGGAGCAGGUGAGUUGGGCUUCAGAGCCUGUACUGUGUGAACUCGUUGAAUCCAGAGCUCUUGUAGACACAAUACAUGGAAAUGUACUUUAUUUGAAUGCUUCCGUGGAACAUUAUUAUGUUUGUAUAGUCAGUGGGAUCUGUCUGCAUGUUCAGAUACUGGGUAUAUAGUGUAGUUCGUUGUUUUUUAAAGCAGGGUGAUGUGUUAAGCUGCAUGUUACAACUAGAUAUCUUUCUAUGAGGAAAGCAAGCUUGUGAAAUGUGGAAUAAACACAAGGUCAGUUUGGUUUCCCACCAUGUUGCUCAGUCCGCAGUGACAUUGAAACAAAGGAAUCUCACACUGUCAAUCUGUGAAGGGUGGAUUUCCCAGAGAUUGUCUCAUCAGUGCUUACCUCCACCUGCUGGCCAGACACAGACAGCGGACGUAUGCUGGCACAGUAUUAAUCAUAAUGGGGGAAAUUUGGGAAACGUCUGUGCUGUGUUAGUCUUGUCUGCAGUGAUGUUCCCAAAGAUAGUCUUCUCUUCUGUAAGUGCACGCCUACAUUGGAAUUCUUUUCCUUUUUUUUCUUCAAAGCUUCAUGGUUAGGCUGUUUCUUAAUGGCUUUACUCAGAGAAUAUAUGACAAUAAGCUAAUUAGGAAAACACCUGAACGUGUGCUGAGAGUUUUAACCUGGAAGAGUUAUUAGUUAUUAUUUGUAUAGCUUAAAUUCUCUUUUAUUCUACACUUCAUAUGAUGAGUAAAGUUUAGAAGUUCAACUUCUCAGAGCAGGUGAGAGUGUGGAGUUUCUCUCCCCAGAUGGCAAAGAUGAAGCUACAGAUGUAUCUCAUUGACCUUGAUUGACUUGGUUUUGUCACAGUUAAAGGACCAUGCCAACAUUUGACAGAUACAUUUAGAUUAGACUUUAUCAUUACAAAGAUUUAAUAGCUUUCUCAGUCUGGACACAUCAAACAAGCUUCAGCACAAAGUGUCUGCUUUCACUUUUGUAGGUUAGUUUUUCCACAGACCUGCAACAUCAACAUGACUUUUCUCAAUCUGGGAAAUCAGUUAGGUGACUAGUGCAGCUCUAAUCCUAGCGGUUUGAAUAGAGCAAUAAUGAUCUUGAACUGCAUUCAGGUGAACAGUCCACAGUUGACAGCUGUGUUUGUUUCCCAGACUUUGUCUCUAUGUGUAAACUGUUGGUUUCCUGCUCUUAAGAGCAGCUCGAGCACCAUCUACGUCUGUGAAUGAAGAUGAAGACUCCACCAAAGCAUGAAUGUGACUUUAAUCCUUCAUGGGGAACUGAUGUUACCACCAUGACAUCAUUUUUGAUGCUCCUCAGUGAGAGGCAGCAUCGGGAUCUCAUUGUAUUCAGACUCUUUGAGUGUCACUGCCAUAUGAAUCAGUACUUAAAGUAGAUAGAAUUAUUUAUUCUUUUUUUUCACAUUUUUUGCAGAGGUGAUAGUUUUACGCAUUUAGGUGUAUUAUUAUUUAAAGUACUUUAUGUGUUAACAUGUUAUGGCUGGUGACCAUACAUACAUCUCAAAUAUUAACUUAGUUAUUGUAGUUAUUGUUAUGUUACUUUUGUUUUUGUUGCUGUUGUUGAUCUAUAAUUUUGUUCGUAUCUGCCAGUGUUGGGUUGAGAUUACUUCACGCUUCUGUGUCAGUCGGUUCGGAUUCAGUUACAAAACUCACAAUGUCGGCAAAUAACACAACUCUGUUGCUGUUGUGGAGUUUGGCAGACCAGAAAAUAGACUGGUCCAUUGGUAGAGGCUGAUGGAUUUUUAUUUAUGUCAGUUUAAAUGACACCAUUGUCAGAAAUGUGCAUUAUAUCUAUUGUGGGUAAAGCCCAUGAAAACAUCCAAAUUCCACAGUGCAUCAGUUUGUGUACUGUCCCGUUUUCCUCCCUGUCGGUGGCCGGCAGCACACAUGACUAUGAAAAUAUUCAGAAUGAGAAUAUUUGAGGAAACAGGAAGAUACAUGUGGGAUUGAUUCCAAAUGAUCAAUGGGUUCAUGUUCUAUUUUAGCAGGGUAGAGGAAUCAGUGUUUUAAUACUACCACAAAUGUGUUGUUAGGUCAUUUAAUGGGAUGUGUUUAAACAGGGAAGAGUAAAGAGUUGAACCAACCUUCAACCUGUUUUUUUUAUAAGCUGGUAAAAAAAAAACUGAAACCGUAUUUGUUUAUUGUUUUUACUUUCAUGUGACUUUUGACUUACACGAGUGUUCAAAGUUCAGGAGAAUGAUUUCUGUGUGUACAAACACUAAUCCUAAAAGUACUGACAGUAUUAAAGAAGUAAUUUGAGAGGCAGUUUUGUAUUUAGUACAAAUUUACAGCAUUGGCCUCUCGUGCGGGAGUCGUCGUUGACGCACCUGUGGCAUCAUUACACAUCUCUUUAAACCAAAUGCUAGAUCUAAAUGCAUAUCAGCUGUUGGUGUCCGGGUGUCUAACACUGUGCAUGCUGCAGCAUUAACAGUUAGAAAAUGUCUUGUUAUUCCAAAAAGCAUUUCAUGUAUUUUAAGUCAGAGUGUAUAUGCUCUUUUAUAGCUUUUAUUUUUGAUUUUCAUAGUUUAGACAGUUUUUGUCAGUAUGGGAUGCCAAGACCUUUGUGUUUAGUUUUUUACACUUCUGCAGCACCAUUUUUGUAACAAAGUGUUACCGCUUGACUGUGCUCCUUUACAUUUAGUUUUAUUUUAUCAAAGAGCCGAUGUCCUGUAUUGACUGCAGGCUUACGUAUAUAUUUGACAAAAGAUUAUUGUAUGUUUAAUAGUAAAAAAACACACAAAAAGACAAAAAACUGCAGAAAAUACAGAAAAAAUAAAAUGUUAAAAUUGCAUAAGAUGUAAUUUAUAUUUUAAAACUGCAUGCACAAGGCUGGAAAGGUCAUAUUUAGAAUAACAAAUGGCAGUGCCUUUUUUGUACUCAAGACAUUUACCCUAAAUGCAAAUGUUUAAUGUGGACUUUCAAAACUGCAAAGUUACAGUACAGGAUAAAUUCGGCAACAGCUGUCAGGCCACGUUCACAUGAAAGGCUUCGAUUUGUCACCGGUUUGUUUCUCAAUAUUCCCCAAAGUUAAUAUGGGAUCAGUGCUCUCCUACUCAAACUUAAUCAAGCUUUACAGUAAGAUCCAGUUUAUUGUUUAUGGUUUGUCUUUUCCUAAAAUGUUGAGCCCCAGUUUUAUUGCUGACUGCAUUCAGCUGCAGUCUGUGCGCUGUGAACGUGGCCGGGAGCGGCCGUGUGUCUAUCUGUACUCUGUAGGUACUUCUUAAUGCUGAUAUGAAGUGAUGAAUUAUUCUGAUUUGUAUAAAUGAGCAAUGGCUGCGUGGCUGUGAGGAUGCGUGUGAGGACGUGUGUGCGUGUCUAAAUACUUUUUUUUUUUUUUUUUUUUAAAUGUGCUGUAAUUUUGUUGCUACGUACCAGAAUGCUGUGACUUGGCAUGCCCCAGUAUACAUAAAGAAAAAAAGCUGUAA